AUGGCCAACUACAAGGUCGGUGAUGAUAAGAAAAAAGUCAGCUCCAAAGUCAAAACAGCUCUGAAGAACGGAGUUGCUAAAGGAACACUGAAGCAAGUGAAAGGCGUCGGGGCUACUGGCUCAUUCAAACUCGGAGACAAACCCAAGCCAGUCAAGAAACCCAAGGCAGCGGCUAAGAAAAUUACGAAACCAAAGAAGGCCGUAGCAACCAAACCAAAGAAGGUCGCUGUCGCCAAGAAGACAAAGUCCCCAAAGAAAGAGAAAGCAGCGAAGACACCGGCAGCUAAGAAGGUGGCCAAGCCGAAGGUCAAAACCCCGAAGAAGGCUGCAGCCAAAAAACCCGUAGCCAAGAAACCUGCAGCUAAGAAGGCAGCAGCCAAG